AUGCGGACACAGUGCGCAGCAACAGCAACAACACAAAGCAACUGCGGCGGGCAUGCGCCGGCGCUCGACGCCACAGCCGCCGAGCCCGAGGGCUUGUGCCCACGGCUCGUCGCCCUGCGGGGCUGGUGCCGACAGCCUCCUCCCACGGGGGGCGCGCUCCUCUCCGGCAUCGCUCCGGCAAACAGCCGGGGGCUUCUCCUGGGGCGCGCCAUCGCGCGGAGCCCGUCCCAGCCACGAGGCUCAGCCUCUCCUGCUGGGGCGAAGCCUGGCGCGAGAGAUCCACCGAAGCCGACCUACAGAGGAGGAUCGGCAGGGACAGAGGGAAAGACCUAG